CCAUCAGUGUGUGAAUGGGUAAAUGUGGAAAUACUGUCAAAGCGCUUUGAGUACCUUGAAGGUAGAAAAGCGCUAUACAAGUAUAACCCAUUUAUCAUUUAUUUAUAUAUAUUCCUCACGCACUAAUUGACUGAAAGAUUGCGCACUUGUCACGUUAUCGAUGAGAAAAUGCAUUUUUAGACAAUAUGAUUUGCCUGAGCGGCUCGGAGACACCGAGACUAACAAGCGGUAGAAAAUGGAUUGAAACAACAAAUAAAAAAAAAUAAAAAAAAAAAUAUAAAAAAUAUACAUUGUAUAUUUUUUUUUAACUUGGGACUUCCUGCGGGCCGGAUUUUGGACGCUGGCGGGCCGUAUCCGUAGUUUGGGGACCCCUGAACUAGCCAAUAUAAUGUAUAUUAAUAAAACUAUUGAAAAUUAAAAACCUGGAAAUAUUUCUGGUAAUUCUGAAAAAUAUGUUUUUCCAAAAUAAGGCUUUUAGUAUAUACAAUUUAUGUGUGAAGUGUUUUUUUUGAGAGGGUAGAUAAACUUAUAGUUAUUGAAAAUUAAAAAUAUUUUUGAAAAAUCAGCAAAAUAUUUGUGUUAAUCCAAAAUAAGACUUGGAGUAUAUUUUUCUAGACACCAUAUCUACAUCUUAUGUUUUUAAGACAUGUGUGAAGUGUUUAUUUUUUAUUUUUCAGAGAAUUGAUAAACUUAAAAGUUAUUGAAAAUUAAAAAUAUUUUUUAAAAAUCAGCAAAAUAUUUGUGUUAAUCCAAAAUAAGACUUGGAGUAUAUUUUUCUUGACACCAUACAUACAUAUUUUGUUUUAAAGACAAUAUAAUGUAUAUUCAUAUAUAUUGAAAAUUAAAAACUGAAAAUAUUUCUGAAUACAUAUAUUUAGAACCAGCUGGACACUAUCAACGUUUCAUGCGUUUUUGAGACGAUGUGAUGAGGGACAAGCGCUAGAAAAUGUAAAAAAAAAAAAAAAAAAAAAAAAAAGAAAAUGUAAGGAUGGUAGGAGGACGUAUAUUAAUAAAGUAAUUGCCAAUUUAAAACUGCAAAUAUUUCUGAAAAAUCAGCAAUAUCUUUUUCCUCCAAAAUAAGCCUUGUAGUAGAAACAACCACACAAUAUUUUUGUGCAUUCUUUGUGUUUUAAAGACGUUUCGUUAUUGAUCCAAUAACGUCGAAUGUCGCCAAUCUCUUUCAAACUUUACCGCACUCGUUUCGCUUCCGUGAUGACGGCAAAGUCCAUGUUACGUCACUGUUGUUUCUGCGCAUGCGUGCCGGCUCAGCACUGCGACCCGUCAAAUGUUCACGUUUUGACACCAACUGCAGACAAAAACCCGAUCGGAGAAAAAUUCCAAACUGAGGACUUUUUUUUUUAUUGUUGUCCCCUGACCAACCAUAGACCGAAAUUAAAGAUGAUCAGGUUUUUGAAGAUUCUAAUAGGAAGUGGCUUCGCCGUCGUUUUGAUUGUACUAACAGUAGCAUCGAUGAGGACUCUAUCUCUGGACGUCAAUGCAGGACUUCAACUUGCAAAGUGGGAAAAGACGAGUAACAUAUCUCUUGAUAUAGACCACCAUAGGCGAGAGGAACUUCUAUCUCAUUUUAAAGAGGCCAUCCGCAUCCCGACGGUGUCUUUCUCCCCUACGGAAAUCAACACAACGGCAUUGCUUCGCUUCAACUUGUUUCUCCGAAAAGUUUUCCCAACAGUUUUCUCUUCAAGCUUGGUACACCAUGAAUUGGUGGCCAACUACAGCCACCUCUUUUGGGUCCCAGGAUCACAGCCCAAGCUGAUGCCCUACCUGAUGUUGGCUCAUAUCGAUGUGGUGCCCGCCAGAGAGUCAGAUGGCUGGGUGGCGCCACCUUUUUCUGCCCAGGAGAUAGAUGGGUUCAUCUACGGAAGAGGGACGAUAGAUGACAAAAGCUCUUUAAUGGGAAUUCUUCAGGCCCUGGAAUACCUGCUGAUUAAAGGUUAUGCACCACGCAGAGGGUUCUACAUCGGUCUCGGCCAUGAUGAAGAAAUCAGUGGUCUAAAAGGGGCCAUGAACAUCGUAAGACUGUUGACACUGCGUAAUGUGCGACUGGCAUUUGUCCUGGAUGAGGGUCUAGCUGUACUAGAUGGAGUCAUCAGUGGUCUCAGCGGGCCUGCUGCUUUAAUCGGGGUAAGUGAAAAAGGCUCUGCCACUGUAAAGCUGAGUGUGUCCACUCUUCCUGGUCACGCAUCAAUGCCUCCCAGGGAGAGCAGCAUCGGGAUUUUAGCUGCAGCCGUCAAAAGACUUGAGGAGAACCCCAUGCCCAGGUUAUUUGGUCGUGGACCUGAACGUGAUACCUUUGAACACUUGGCACACAAGUUUAAGCUCCCAAUGAAGUUCAUACUAUCAAAUUUAUGGCUGUUUUCUCCACUGGUUGGCAGGUUUCUUGAACAAAAACCAGACUCUAAUGCUUUUGUAAGGACGACUACAGCAGUCACAAUGUUUAAUGCCGGAGUUAAGACAAACGUCAUUCCUUCCCUUGCUGAAGCGUAUGUUAAUCUACGAAUCCAUUCAGUACAAUCAUUACAAGAGGUCCUGAACCUCAUCCAGUUUACAGUUGGGGACCAACGUGUAAAGAUCGAGCUAAUUGAAGGCUUUGAUCCUUUACCGAUCAGUUCAUCCAAUGAGACAUCUUAUGGAUUCCAAAUAAUCAAGAAAACUGUGUUGGACAUGUUUCCGUCGGUAAUAGUCGCUCCAGGUAUUUGCGUGGGGAAUACAGACAGUCGACACUUCAAAGAUCUAACAACUGAUAUUUACCGCUUUAUCCCUCUGUGGUUUAAACCGGGCGAUGCAAAGAGAUUUCAUGGCAUUAAUGAAAGGAUAUCUAGAAAGAACUAUGAGGAGCUUAUUCUGUUCUACUCAAGACUGAUCCAAAACUGUGACAUUCAGAAACUUCCUGAGCCCCACAGUUCUCUCCAUGAACUGUAAAGAAUGUAGCAAACGGAGCCAUAUCCUUUAUGUGAAAACAAUCAUUUGUGCAUACAUACUGUAUUGUUGUGACCAUGGAUAUCUGUGUGGUCACAAAUUCAGCACUUUUUAACUUAAAAUCAGUAUUUCAUUAAAUGACUAUAACUGAUGUCUUUGUCAAAUUAGAUUGCUGCCUACUUUGGAAAUGAUGGAACAUGAUAUCUAAACUCGGGCUAUCAAAUGAUUAGCAUUUCUAUUCAUAUUAAUCAUUUGAUGUGAGGAACAUUUCUUGUUGAAGUAAAUAGUGAAUUGAUUAUACAAAAUGAGAAAACUUUUGAAAGUUUCAGUAAAGCAGAUGCUAAGUUCAUGACUUGAUCCAAGUGACAUGGUGGUUGGAUGGGAUCCACAGUUGCAGCAAUAGCAUAUGUACCUGCAUUACAGUGGUUUCAUUGACUCAAUAUUAUCUUACUAGAGCUCACCCAAAUUGGUCACUUGUGAACGAAACAUUCAAUAAAGAAAUAGAUAAAAUUGUUAGACAUGACAUUACACAACUCUAGCUGUGGGCUUGUAGCCCGGGCUCCAAAUGGAUGUAGCAGGCCUAAGCUGCGGUGAGGACCUGCCAGCUCAUGUAUGCCCCCAUGAGGGGUAGACUGGCCAUCGAUUUCCAGAUGGGUUGAUCGAUAAUUUGCCAUCUGAUGGACGACGCGUUUAUUUAUCUGAUUAUUCUUUCCUGCAACUAUCCUUGCUAACUAUGACAACUCCUGUCUCAAAGACAAGAUGAUGCAGACGUGAGUCACGCUUGACAACCAAUAAUAGCUGGUAAAAAGUAAAACAAUGAUUAACUGGGCGAUUUGUUAUAUUUUACAGUUUACUUAUUAUUAGCACUUUUCUAGCCCAUCACUAAAAAAAGAAUAUGAAGGCAAGUUCACCGUUUCUCUUGUCAAAUCUCUAGUGAUGUAAUGGUAUGCGCUUCUGCUUUUUGAAACAAAUCGAGGCUGCAAGAACGAGUCCCAGCCCAGGUUGGGUUAGAGAGUAAAAUAUGUGGGAUAAGUCAAAGUCAUUUACUUUUAUUUGUAAAUUUAGGUUUUGUGUUAAUUUUGCAAUAUAGAAAUGCAUUUUUGACAAUUUAUUUGUCAUGUAUUCAUAUUGAUCCAACAAAAGCAUGCAUUUAAGGUUUGAGUCUAUUAUAAAUAUUGUUUCCAACAAAUUAGAACAAAAUGUAUCUUCAAGUUGUGGUUGCGGCUGUUUUUAUUGCAUUACAGCCUUGCAUACACCCCUGCCUCUUCAUUGGAAAUCAGAGUACUACUGUGCCUUUCUGAAUGAUUUAUUAGUUUUUUAUUUACGGACUAUCAAGAAUAUUGACGUUGUGAAGGAAACAGGGAGCAUGCUUUACAACCAGUAGGCCUUCUACGUGUCCCUUCUGAGGCCUGUGGUCUCCAGUGCGCUCAGCCUUCUAGAGGUACCUUCCCCCUCCUUCUACACUGGUAAAGAGUAAAGACCAUUUUGAAAGUUGGAAGAACGAGAAGCGGUUACCAGUACCAGUUUCUCUAUUCUCACCGAUGUCUGUCGCCGAUUUGUGAAAAUGCCGGGUAAGCCGCCAGGUGCCUUCUGUUGAUGGGCUGUUCCGUUACAUUUCUGUUUUUAUUUACCUGCUAUUCCUGGCUAUGUUAGUCCAUGCCUCUCUAGCUUCUGUGCAGUUGUCAUUGAGCCGGUGGAAGGCGGGCCCACUGAGCAUGUUACACCUCUGUAGAGGGGGGGAUAUUGAACAGAAACACGGACACAAUGUUCACUCAUUCAGGUCCAGUCUGUAAUGGCAAUUUUCCAAAAACAUACACUUUUAAACAAUACUUUUUAAACAUUGCACCUUUUUAAACAUUACUCUUUUUUUAAGCAUUACAUUUCUCUAUUCAAAACAUGAAAGACGUACAAAAAUAAAGCAUUGUGCUGGAACUUUAAUCUGUAAAAAUAUGUAAUAUUUUUAUCAUAUUUUUAUCAAUUGCUAAUCAGAUCAGAACUGGUUGUUAUCAUCAGUCAUCAACAAUUGAGAACAGAGAAAUGGACAUUGAAACAGUGUAGGUCUGACUUGGAGAGAGGGAGAGGGAGAGAGAGGGAGAGAGAGAUCAGAAGGCAUAAGAAAAAAGUAUCUGCAUUUGAUUGUUUACAUUUGAUUAUUAGCAAUCCGGGGAGGGUGUUAGUUUAGUGUUGUAGCUGCCUGGAGGUGAACAACUAAGCAUUUUUAAAAUGCAGGUACUAAAGAAAAACAACAUAAAACCAGGAAGUAUUUUCCAAAAAAACAGAAUGUUUUUAACACAGACUACUAUUUUUUUCAUUUGUCUUUUUAGACUCUUCUGCACCAGGCAACAGUAAUAGAUGGCAGAUCACCUUAUCACAGCUUUUUUUGUCUUCAUACCCUUUUUUAAACUUUGUAAAAUAAUUAGUUAUGAUGUUUUUUCUCCCUUUUUUUCUUACUUUUACCAGAUACUAUAAUGAAUUAAAGCUUUGUUUUUCUUCCUUCCUGUUUACCAGGGGUGGGCAAUUCAUUUUUACCGGGGGCCGCAUGAGCAACCCGAGCACUGCUGGAGGGCCACAUCGACAAUAUUUCAAU